ACAGGUACGAUACGUCGUAUCAAAUCGUUUAAAAAAACCGCGAAAAAAGUUUUAUAUUUAAAAAAAGAACGCUUAUAGUUUUUUGGGGAUUUUAAAGUGAGAAAAGAGUGUUUUAUAAUCUGUGUUCAGAAUUAUUUUGAUAGUGAAGUGUUAUUUUUUUGUGUGACGAUUGCCAAUUUUAAAAACAAAUACUUUUUAAAAAGUUUUAUGAUUGGUCUUUUAGUUUUGAAACGCUCAAUGACACUUUUCACAUAAUAAUAGACAAUUAAAAUCAUUUACUGGACUAUUUAAAGGACAGUGUAUUUUUUAAAUUAUAAGUAAAAUGUCGGACAAGCUGCUAUUAAGACAAAGUUCUUUGAAAAAGCCGGGAAAACCAAACGUCAGGAGGAAAAAACAACAUGUACUCAUCAGGCUGCCUGACUCCGAUCCUGACAGGCCAUAUAAGCUCAAGACGAAAAUAGUACUCGCAGCGUUAGCAGUCCUAGUCUUCAUAUCAGCAUUAAGUGGAUACCUCAUCGGGAGUGCAGACUAUGCAUCGCGGAGGGCGGCGGAGCCUCCGGAUCCAGUUGCACCUCUCAAACCCUCGGCUUCCCGUCUCCAUGUGUUCCAGAAAGCUGCUGUUUGCACAGAUGCUCCUCAGUGUUCACAGAUUGGCAGAGAAAUCCUCAUCAAAAAUGGGUCGGCGGUGGACGCGGCAGUGGCAGCCAUGUUCUGCAAUGGUCUCCUGAACCACCAGAGCAUGGGGCUCGGUGGUGGCUUCUUCAUGACGGUGUACCUGAAGGAUGAAGAGAGAGCCUACACUGUGAACGCGAGGGAAAUGGCUCCUGGAGCCGCUACCGUCGACAUGUUCAAUGGAAGCUGGGACAAGGCUGCGAAAGGUCCUCUAUCCAUUGGAGUGCCAGGCGAGCUUCGUGGCAUGUGGGCGGCCCACAAGAGAUGGGGCAAGUUAUCCUGGGAGAACCUGGUGGCUCCAAGCCUGGAUCUGUGCAGAAACGGCUUCGCUAUGUCCAAGGUCAUGUAUGAUGGACUAGAGAGCGCUCCAUACAUCAAGAAUGAUCCUCAUCUUAGGAAAAUGUACUUCAACACGGCUAAAGGACAGUUCCACAAGCCUGGCACGAUUAUAAAACCCAGUGAAGCUCUGUGCAACACCUACCAGAGGAUAGCUGAAAACGGGGGCGAUGACCUCUACAACGGGACGCUGGCAGCUGAUCUCCUGGAUGACCUGGAGAGGGUCGGCAGCAUCAUCACUGCUGAUGAUCUAAGGCAAUACGAAGCGAAAAUUUCAGAACCAAUAGCGGUCCCCUUGAGUAAUGGAGACACCUUCUACUCUCCGCCUCCGCCCAGCAGUGGGGCUAUCCUUGUAAACAUACUGAACAUUCUCAGCGGGUACAACUUCACAGCUGCCAGCAUCAAUACCACGGAGGACAAGAUCCUCACCUACCAUAGGAUCAUAGAAGCAUUCAAGUACGCGUACGCGACCAGAACGAAGCUAGGAGAUAGCGACUUUUUGGAUUUAAGUGAGCUUAUUCGUAACGUGACAACUCCGGAGUAUGGCACAGAGAUCCGACUUCGUAUCAACGACACGUCCACCAGUAACGACACUGCCACCUACGGAGCGGAGACCUACAACCAGCCUGAUGCUGGAACCGCUCACAUAUCCAUCAUUGCGGGCAAUGGUGAUGCUGUUUCAGUCACCAGUUCUAUAAACUUUUACUAUGGUGCUGGUUUCUCAACCCUCAAAACCGGUAUAGUAAUGAACAACGUGAUGGACGACUUCUCAUCUCCUGGCAUCACCAACUACUUCGGAUUGAAGCCUUCCCCAGCGAACUUUAUCGCUCCUCACAAGCGGCCUAUGUCUUCAAUGAGUCCCAGUAUCAUUGUGGAUAGGAAUGGCAAUGCUAAGUUGGUGAUCGGUGCUUCUGGAGGCACUAAAAUUACUACUGCUGUGGCUUUGGUGACAAUACGCAAACUCUGGUUCGAUCAAUCAAUAAAGGAAGCUGUGGACGAGGCUAGGAUACAUCAUCAGAUCACCCCUAUGCACGUGGAAUACGAAUUUGGAGUUACUGAGGACAUAGUGCAGGGUCUUCGGGCAAAAGGCCACGGGAUGGUCCGAUACCGCAGUCGGGGCUCAAUAAUCUGUGCGCUCUAUAGAAAUAGAACUGCUAUCUACGCCAAUGCGGACUUCAGGAAAGGUGGCGACGUUGCUGGCAUGGACUGAACUCCUGUGCCUAACUACACUCUAAGUAUUACUAUCUUUAUGUCAUGAAUGGAACUUUUAAAUGAAUCUGUUAGUAAUGUAAGUUUGUAAGGAUACGAUCGCGUUUCUGUUGAGAUGAGAGUAUUUUUCGUUUAAAGUGGGAUAAUAAUACUGGACUAAGACAGACCUUUCUCCAUUUUCCAUGAAUCUACAGAAAAUUCAAAAUCUCUAAGUAUUAAAAUCGAUACAUACAAUAAAGUCCAUACAUGGCAAUGACAUGUUAUUAAAAACCGCCAAAAAAUUAAGAAUUUCGUUAACAUUUGCUUGCAAAAUAUCUAAAACACGAAACUUGCUCUCAUUUCAACGUUUAUAAAAUGUGUGUGACAAGUGAAAAGAAAAAGAAAAUAUUAUUGGUUCAUUCAAAAAAAAUUGGAGCUUGACCCGCCACAGUCCAUAAAUUAAAUUCUUUAGCUUGUCUAUAAUUUAUAUUUUAAAUUACUCGAGUAGGCUCGAAGUAGAAACGUAAUUGGCGAUACAAUAAUAGUAGGCAUUAGGAAAAAUAUUACAAGAAAAAAAUGUGAUAAAUAAACGAUAGUCUAGGUAGGAUAUGAAAUAUGGCCGUCUUCCUAAAAAAAUAUGCUAUUGUCUACGAUUUCUAAAAUGGCGGCAAAUUGAAUUCAAUAAUUCAUCACAAAGCAUUUUUACAAAUCAAAUUAAAACUUAUUGGCUGAUUGAGAACAAUAAUUUUGAAGUAAAUGGGCUAGAUACUUAAUGAAUAUACCUAUGAUAACAUUAAAUUAUAGAUAUCAAGAUGCAGUGUUUCAAAAGUAUGUAUUUUUUUAAGUUCCUAAACAUUGUUAUUGUAUUAGUUGCAAGAUGAGCCAAGGAGCAGUACCUAUCUAUUUAUUUUAGUAUACCUAACAAUAAUACGGGAACAGUACAAUAACGAACCUGAACCUAGACACAGAGGCCUUAGUACGAGUUUGAUUUACGUUUAAAGUAAUCGUAACGAGUACGCGUUCGGCACUCUGAGGCCUUA